AGAUCGGUGGCAUGUCAGGACUCGAACCCGGGACCUCUUGAUUCCGAGUCGCGCACACUGCCGUUGCGCCACACGACCCCAUAAAUUGGAUGCAAUUAACCAAUGGUGCACCAUGGCAAAGCUUAUCAGCACAAUGUACUCUGCAAACUUCAGCCCAGUGUUGUGUGCAUGGUUCCUGAUGUUACUAUCAAACACUGCAACAUCUCAAACAACUGACAUUAAUAAUAUCACUCUGGCAUCUUUAGCACCAAACAGUACUGUGACAAAUGAAACACUAAUGAACACUACAGUGACUGUAACUCCAACACCAGUACCCACAAUGACUGCUGGGACAUCACAAAUAACUAAUGCUACAUCAACACUAACACCAGUAAUCACUUUGACAUCUCAAACACUUAACUCCACUGUAACAUCUGCAAACACUACACAAGUAACAACUCCAACUCCAACACUAACAACUCCAACACCAAUAAUCACUCUGACGUCUCAAACACUUAACUCCACUGUAACAUCUGCAACACCAAACACUACAGCAGUAUACAUAACAACUACAACUAUAACUAGAACUCCAACUACAACUUCACCUCUAACUCUAACUCCAACUCCAGAUCCAACUACAACUACAACUCUAACUCCAACUACAACUCUAACUACAACUACAACUACAACACAAAUACCGGUAACCACUGUCACAUCUCAAACACUCAACACCACAGUGAAUGUAACAUCUACGACACCAAACACAACUGUGGCAACAAUAGACCUGUCCAACAGCAGCCUAACUUCCAUUCCUCCAGACCUUUUCAAGAACCAAAGCCAUCUUCAGCAAGUUGACUUGAGCAACAACCAGAUUUCUUACCUAAAUGGGAGCAUCUUUACAGCCUUAGUCAAUCUGGAGACCCUCAUUCUCAGUAACAAUGCUAUAAAAACCAUCACAGUUAAUGUUUUCAGGAACCUUACAAAUCUUAUGUUCCUGGACUUGUCCCAAAACUCUAUCAGAGAUCUCCCGGACAAUCUGUUUGUGGACAACAUAAACCUACAGGUCCUUAACUUGGAUGGCAACAACAUUUCUGAAGUUAGGAGAGAUACUUUUGUAGGUCUGAGGUCCCUCAAGCUGUUGUUCCUCAAUACCUCUGGUCUGUCCAGGAUACACUCAUCCAGCUUCACACCCCUGGUGGAACUUGAAGAGCUUUACCUGCAGGAGAAUGACAUUUCCUUCCAAAUCCAAGCAGUCUUCAGAAUUCGACGAUUCGCAGCAAACAUUUUCAGGAAUCUUCAAAACCUCAGACAUCUGGAUCUGUCUAAAAACUCCAUCACAUUCCUGCCAGACAGACUGUUUGGUGACCUGAGAAAGCUAGAGGUCCUCCGCUUGGAUGGUAACAACUUCCCAACCAUUAGGGCAAACACAUUCACUGGUCUGAGCUCCCUUCAGAAACUGUUCUUGAAUGAUACUGGUCUGUCAACCAUCCAUCCAUCAAGCUUUCGUCCGACAAAGGAGCUUGAAGAGCUGUACUUACAGGACAAUGACAUGAAAUAUCUGCCCUUGGGUGCUUUGCAAGGGCUGAACUUGACAGUGCUAAACUUGGGGAACAAUAAUCUGACCCAUAAUGGGUCAGUGGAGCACAACUGUGAUGAACUCCCAAAUUGCACAAUCAACAACCCAAACACCCCAUUUUUAUGUUGUAAUGAUACAAUGACCUGCGGAGUAGAUUCUUCGACUGGCCUUUGUAUGGUCAAAGCUACAGUCACAACCCCAUUGCCAACUCCUUCAAAAGUAGCUCCCAAUGAGGGGAAUAUCGUUAUAAUAAUCAUGGCAAUACUCCUGACAUUGUUCAUUUUCAUUACAAUACUGUAUUGCAAUCGUAAGUACCUACAAGUGUGGCUGUAUAUGAAGUGUGGUUGUCGUUUUGAUCCAAAAAAUGAUGGCGACGACAAAACGUACGAUGCCUUCAUCUCCUAUAGCAGCAGGGAUGAACUUAUCGUGAUACGGGAGCUCGCACCUGGACUGGAGGAGCGCGGAUUCAAACUCUGCCUGCACUACCGCGACUUCCCAGUAGGGGCGUGCAUAGCAACAACCAUCAUUGAGACAGUGGAGGCCAGCAGACGGACUGUCAUCCUCCUCUCGCAGAAUUUCGUGGACAGCGAGUGGUGCGCUCUGGAGUUCAAGGCCGCACAUCGACAAGUGCUGGAGGACCGACGGAACAGGAUCGUGGUGAUUGUCCUGGAUGACCUUGAUCUCCAGAACGUGGAUAAAGACCUGAAGUUUUACCUGAAGACAAACACGUACCUGAAGUGGGGAGAUCCCUGGUUCUGGAGCAAACUGUGCUACGCCUUACCCAGGGUGGGGAGGGGGGCACCAGAAUCUGAAGAGGUCUGAGAACUUCAGAUGUAGGGAUGACCACUAUUGGUCAACUCGUUCAUGGUUAUGAUGUGUGUCAGGUUAUAGCAAAUGGAGAGAGUGAAAACAUCAGUGGUGUUCCAUAUUCUUCUACAUGUAUAUAUUAAAAUCAACUGAGUGACUACACUUUGUACAAUCAGUUUUUCAACAUUGUCAUUAUACAUGUAAGUGUCCUCAUGUAAGUUUUACUUUGUUAAACUGUAAAAAUUGUAUAAGUUGGAUCACACUAAUAAGAGAUCACCAA